AUGUCUUCAACAAAACGAAUAAAAAAUGGCUGCACGGCAUGCGGGAAAAUGGUUGGUGUUUUCGCUUGUCGCGGUUGUUCAGGAAAUUUUUGUUUAUCUCAUACGAAAGACCACCGAGAUCAUUUACAAAGAUCACUGAAUGACAUUAUUCACGACUAUGAGCAGAUAAAACGUAAUAUAAACGGACAAACUGUAGAACAACGCCGAAGUUCUUUGGUGGAACAAAUCAACGAAUGGGAACAAGAAUCAAUUAAGAAAGUGCGUGAAUUAGCAGGAGAUAUUCGCCAAGAACUAGAAAUAACCGUUCAACGUCGUACAGAUAAUUUAAAAGAGAAACUAGAACUAUUGAAACAGCAAUUUGAUAAAGCUCAACAGGAUGGUGGCUACUACGAAAAUGAUUUAAAGGAAUGGACAAGUAAACUAAAUGAAUUGCAGCGUACAUACAUUGAUCAGGAAAUAUUGAAAAUCGAUGAGGAUUCUCAUUCGCUUCCACUCGUAUCAAGGAUAUCUCUCAACGAUUAUCAACUUCAAAGUUAUCAUCAUCGUAAACAACAUCAGAAUCAUAUUGACGGUAGCGAUGAUGGGGAGAUUGUUAGUUCCAGUUAUCAACGGUAUUCACAGCCAGAGAAAGAGAAAGUCAACCACCAACAACAGAAUGUUGAGUCUGCGGAGAGCAAAAAAGUGGAAUAUGCGUUUAAACUCGAAGGAUACCAAAAUAGUACAUCGAUUUUGUUCGGAAUUAUCUCCGAAAGUGCAGCCGACUCGGAAGAUGAAAACAACAAUCCGACAUUCUUCGGUUGGGGUAGUAAAGAUCGUGUUUAUUUCGGUGAUCAGUCGCAAGAAAACUAUGAUAAUUAUCGGACCGACUUUCAGUCCGACGAUAUCUGUGUGUUAACGAUCGAUCCUGACCAAGAUAAGAUCAGUAUGAAGAAUCAACGAACGAAUGCUGUGCAUGAAUUACGUGUUAAUCGAGAAAAAUGUGCCCUUCCUUGGCAAGUAUGUGUUCGCCUUUACAAUAAAAUCAAUUAA